UCAAUCUGCCCAUGUCUGAGAUGCACAGUGCAGGCGUACAAUCAUGAGCAGCUUACGACACUCAGUGAACACUGGGUGCCUCUGCAUGCUCUAGCAACAUACUGCUCAGCUGAAGGGAAGGGAUUCUGGCUGUCUCUCUCUGCUCUAAGCAUCACCUAACAAGCACAGCGAACAAAGAAUGGGAAAUAAAGCGACCCUUAGCCGGUCAGUGAAUGAAUGGUAACCUCUCUCUGGAGUAAAGGUUGUGCCGGUCAAUGGUCGUUGCAAAUGACGGACAUUAAACAGAUUGACAAAGCCCGUGGAGUCGUUAGUAAAGAGUUUGGAGUUUUUUUCACGCCACAGUGUUAACUGCAGAGGAAAGGACAGAGGGAGAAGGAGAAGAUCAAGCUCAUGUACAUAGUUCUGAAACUUGCAGGUCCUAGGAGGCAGCUCCAAAGCUAGCUGGACAAGCCUUUCGCUCGUUGAGCAGAAGCGAAGUGAGACAUUGUGAGCUUGCCAGCCUUGCACAACAUUGAAAGGGACUGAAUUUGUAGCACAGAGGGGUCUUUUUUAGCUCUGCAUAUAAUUAGUCCAAACACAAAGGAAGCAACUGAAUGGAGGUUGUCACUCUCUGGAAAAGGGUGGGUAAGACACUUUUUAAUUAAAUUCUUUCAUGAAGAAAGAUUUUUUUUUUUCCUUUGCUGCAGCAUUUAACAUGAACAAAAUCACUAUCGUUUUACCUUUGAAUGUCUGUGAACUUUAAUGCUGCACAGCUCCUGCAUGCUGUAAAGUGAAAUAUUUGCCUCUGUGUUUGUUCUGUUUGCUGUUUUGCUUCGGUUUUCGGGCUUUGUUUUGUUGGUUUGCCUUUUUUUAUUUUUUUUUUUUAUUUUUUUUCACCCUUUAAAUAAAAUAUGAUGUAGAAUUUGAAAAGAUUCAAUGGACAUUCUCAAGCAUAUUUGGAAAUAUUCUUGCUAAUGGAUUUCCUUCUUAUCGGUCUCUGUUUAAACUGGCUGCUGAGGAAGCCCCCGGGGUUGAUAUUGUGUACGCUGGGUAUCUUUUCUAAAAUGCUUCCAGCUGUGAAUAGUGGGUGUCCACAGCUCUGUCGGUGUGAGGGCAGGCUUUUGUACUGUGAAUCACUGAAUCUCACAGAGAUGCCUCGCAACCUGUCGGGCAUGAUGGGCUUGUCUCUGCGGUACAACAGCCUUUCAGAGCUGCAUGAUGGACAGUUCACAGGGUUAAUGCAGCUCACGUGGCUCUAUCUGGAUCACAAUCACAUUUGCUCAGUGGAGGGGAAUGCCUUUCAAAAAUUGCGGCGAGUUAAAGAGCUCACCCUGAGUUCCAACAAAAUAACCCAACUGCCCAACACCACUUUCCGCCCCAUGCCAAACUUGCGCAGUGUGGAUUUAUCUUACAACAACCUACAGUCUCUGGAGCCCGACCUGUUCCACGGGCUGAGGAAACUGACAACUUUGCACAUGCGGUCGAACGCCAUCAAGUUCGUGCCGGUGAGAAUUUUUCAGGACUGUCGCAGCCUGAAGUUUCUGGACAUAGGAUACAAUCAGUUAAAGAGCCUGGCUCGAAACUCUUUUGCGGGCUUGUUCAAACUCACCGAGCUGCACCUCGAGCACAAUGACUUGGUGAAAGUGAAUUUAGCCCAUUUUCCCAGGCUCAUCUCCCUGCACUCUCUCUGCUUGAGAAGGAAUAAAGUUACCAUCGUGGUAAACACCUUGGACUGGAUAUGGCAACUGGAAAAGAUGGAUCUCUCCGGCAACGAAAUCGAAUACAUCGAACCUCACGUUUUCGAAAGUGUACCUCAUCUCAAAUCCCUGCAGCUGGACUCCAACCGGCUGACCUACAUCGACUCCCGGGUCCUGGACUCCUGGAAGUCCCUCACUAGCAUCAGCCUCUCCGCCAACGCCUGGGACUGCAGCCGGAACGUCUGCGCCCUGGCCUCCUGGCUCAGCAACUUCCAGGGUCGCUACGACAGCAACCUGCUCUGUGCCACCCCCGAGUACGCGCAGGGCGAGGAUGUUCUGGACGCCGUGUACGCCUUCCACCUGUGCGAAGACGCAGACCCCACGAGCGUCAACACCUUCUCCCCGGUGACCAACAACAGCGACCAGACGCUCGGCUACGGCUCCGCCACCGCCACCUACGACGCGCCGGAGGGCGGCGAGGACCGGACCACGUACGCCGUCACCAUCACCAUGCCCGGCGAGAACUCCGAGAACGCCGUGCAGAUUCACAAGGUGGUGACGGGCACCAUGGCACUGAUUUUUUCCUUCCUCAUCGUGGUUUUGGUGUUGUACGUCUCCUGGAAGUGCUUUCCAGCCGGCUUAAGGCAACUAAGACAGUGCUUUGUCACACAGCGCAGGAAGCAGAAGCAGAAACAGACCAUGCACCAAAUGGCUGCCAUGUCAGCCCAGGAGUAUUAUGUUGAUUACAAACCCAACCACAUUGAGGGAGCCCUGGUGAUCAUUAAUGAGUAUGGAUCUUGUUCCUGUCACCAGCAGCCAGCGAGGGAAUGCGAGGUGUGAUUUUCCUUUUGGGAUUUAAACAGUGUGCAACCAAAUAACAGCGUGCAGGCAGACAGUGGCACGGGGUGGGGGGGGUUGCUGGGCUUUGCUGGUGGUUUCUGACGUGCACCUCUGCCCAAAUUGUUAAGAGGGGCUGUCCCAGAGACUUGAUAUUUUAGCUUUAUCGUGUCUUAAAAACCUUCAGGACAGCCAAUCUUAAGGUUUCAUAUGCUAAUACUCCCUUCCAAGAUCUGUCAAUAUUCAGGAAUCUGAGAGUGUAAAAAGGUACCAAUUAUUGAUCUUUUGUAAACUAAGAAAACUGUUUAAAAUAAAAAAGAAUAGCAUUUACAGUUUUUACA